AUGACUGAUAUUGAAGAUUUUUCUGACAAUAGAGUUUCAUCUUAUCAGCGAUUGUAACCAGAGAGAUAGAAAAACACACUGCCUAGGUGGAGAAUGUGGCUACAUCAAAUGGAUAUAUUUUCAGUUAUCCCUACUCCUAAAACAUAUCCUGUGAGUACUAGAAGAAGUAUAAUUGGAACUUGCCUAUUUAUCUUUGUAUUUGCUACUUACGUGAUAUCUAGCUUUGUGUUUUUCGUAAUUGACAAUGUGCCAAGAUUGAAUGAAUUUUCGUAAUUGGAUGAUUCUGUCUCCUUAACUGUCGGCCCUGAAAUCGCCAUGCAAUUUCUGUACGGCAAGGAUGUCUUGAAUGAGUCCAUCACUAAUACUAGCAUAUUUAGCAUCACAAUGCAGCAGGUUAUUAAAUAUUUGGAUCCAGCAAAAUAAGAUAAUUCUUCAACCUAAAUACCUCUAAAGAUUUGUUACAGCAACGAUAUUGAUUGGAUGCCUUAGAAUGCUUCCAAAUAAGCCUUUCUGUGUCCUCAAGUUCAACUUAAUUUAUCGGGUCAAUUAUAUAGAUCAGAAGAAUUCAUCUAUCCAAGAAUACAGAUAGAUUACUGUCCAUAUAAGCAUCCGGAGAAGAAGUUGCAAUGCGAAACUGAAUAAUAGAUUAGAAAAGUUGUUGCGGGAGGAAGAUUGUUCCUCUAUAUCAAGAAUCAAGCACCAGAAGUCAAUUUUGUAGGGAAGAAGACUGAAGGCUUAAAAUAUCAGGUUUUUCAAUACUUUUUAGUGCCUGGACUCUACAAUAGAGCUGAGAUUGUUUUAUAGAAACAACUAGUAUCAAGGACUGGCGAUUACUUGACUUAAUUUUCAACUAAGCAUGAUGAUUAUCUCUUAGUUAAUAGAUAAUAUUUGUAUGUUACUAAUGUAACCUAAAAUGAUGAUGGUCGGGCAGACACUGACAGCUUAUCGAUUUAUAAAGGGUAUUAGAUAUUUUUACGAUUGGAUCAAGAAGUGAGAAUUAUAUAGGUUGUCAAAGAUACUAUUAUUGAUGUAAUUGCCUAAUGGGGAGCAUUUUAUGGAGUUUUAGUUGGUGCUUUUGCACUUUACUUCCUAAAAUAUAAUUAAAACCAAUUUUAUAAAAAGAAUAAAUAAUGGGCUAAUUUUGACUAAAAUGAAGCCUUGUUUGAAAGUAAGCAAUUAAAUGAAACAGAAGGAAAAUCCCCCAUAGAUUGACAAAAUUGCAAAUCUGAUUUUUUUAUUUAUUAAAAUGAACACAUUAAGGUUCAGAGAAUUAAUUAAUUUAUA